AUGAAAUUGAAGAAAGCAACCAAUACUGCAUCAUAUUCAAUUAAGGAUACUGUCCCUGCUUUUGAAACUGCUCGUAAUUUAGAAUUAGAUUAUAAUGAACCCAAGGUUUUUUGUGCAUUAAAGAAAAAAUUAACUUAUAUAAUUCUAAAACCCAAACCAAGGAAAAAUAACUUGAUAUUUAUCAAUUGA